GACGACGACGACGACGGCUACGGCCGCUCCUCUCCGUCUCCCCCUUGGUUGUUUGGCUGUUACGCGCGAAUAUUGCACACUAUAUAUUUAUAGCGCUAAUGCGUAUCCCACAGAAAUAGUAGCUCGCGAGUACAUGUAACACGCCGUAAAAAUGAGUCUACCCUGCGACUGGCAAACUAGCAAGCAGAAACUGUCGGAACGUGGCCAACAUCUGCUCGAGACUGGACAAUGGUCCGACUGCAAUUUCAUCGUCGGCCAGGAGCCCCAGCAGCAGACUCUCAAGGGUCAUAAACUGUUUCUGGCCAUGUCCAGUCCGGUUUUUGAAGCCAUGUUCUUUGGUGGCAUGGCAGAGAAAAAUGAUCCGAUACCGAUAAGGGAUGUUCAGCCCGAGGCGUUCAAGGCCUUACUCGAGUACAUAUAUACCGAUAAAGUUGAACUCGGUUCCUUCGAAUUAGCCUGCGAGUUAUGUUACUGUGCCAAAAAGUACAUGCUACCAUCCUUGGUAGAAGAGUGCACAAAAUAUCUGUGGUGCGAUCUCUCGCCAAAGAAAGCGUGCAGAGCGUACGAGUUUGCCAAGCUUUUCGAGGAACCUGUCCUGAUGGAGAAAUGUCUGCAGAUCAUACGCACCAAGACGGACGAAGUGUUAAAGGAGUCCAGCUGGGAGGAUGUAGAGCUAGGGACUCUUCUCAAGGUGUUGGAGCAGGACGAUUUGCAGAUCAGCUCGGAGAUAGAGUUAUUUACCGCGGUGGAGCGAUGGGCCAAAUCUGAGUGCUCUAGAAAGUCUCUUGAUCCAACCAAUGGAAAAUCUUUAAAAUCCGUCAUUGGGAAUGCUCUCUUAAAGAUAAGAUUUCUUAGCUUGACACCACAAGAAUUUGCAGAGGGUCCUGGCAUGUCUCCUUUGCUCACCAAGGACGAGGCUUUCGCUAUACUGAUGAACAUACUGUGUACUGGUAACAAGACACCUAUGCCCGAAGGUUUUUGCACCAAUUCAAAUAGCAGAGCAAAACCAGUCAAAACUCAUUCCACAAAUCUUGGACACUCCACAAGUAUGGGACUGCCUAUGAUGACUUCAAGACAUAUCUUUGCUCCGUACGGCAAUUUAAAUAUCCCUGUACGUUCUGGCUUUUUAAACGACUCUGGCGAGUCCAGCACUAGUACGAUGCGAAAUACAUCGCCAAUACUAGUGGAUGCAACCAUAAACAAGGACUCUGGAAACUUGCCCACUACUUCUUCCACGACGGGAGUGGUUGUACGUGAGGGGCCAAAGUAUUAUUGUCUCAGAUCGGUGGUUCAGCAAACGGAUUGCUUGAAUACAAACGUGUUGGACUGUUCCGUCACGUUCAGUGUAGAUAAAAAUAUUUGUGUGGUGGGUGUACAGGUUCCUACGCAGAUUGCAGCGGCGAGUAAUUUUACUCACGCUAUAGAUGGUGAUACGUCUUAUACUGAAAUUUUAUACGCUCAUCUUCUCGAUUGCGACGGUACCCGGUUGACGUAUACACAUUUCACCACUAAAGCGAAUUUUGGUACUCUCGUGGAAAUUACUUUCAAUCGACCAGUUUACAUUCAGAAGCAUAAGGUUUAUCGAGUUGGCGUUGUAUUUAAUAAGGCUGGAUGGUAUCCAGUAGGAGUUUGCGCCCAAAAUAUGUCCUGUGAUUCUGUGUUCUUCUCAUUUGGCGUGGGUAAUACCGCACAUGCAAUUCGUGACGGUCUUAUUCGAUCUAUAGUUUUCACAUAUCAUUAACGCAACGAAUCAAGUGGCAGAUAAAAAGUCGCGUACAUAUUUUAAAUUAGUGAUAAGAUACAAAUCUACUCUUACGUCGUGUAGGUACAUUAUAUUUAUUAUUGUUAUCUUUUUUUUUAAGUGCUCAUCGGUGUUUUUCAUUGCAAAUUUUGAAACCUUGAAGAAAUUUUGUGUGUGUGCGUGCGCGCCAAUAUACUAAUCAAUUGUAAUUAUUGAGAUGCGGUUUAUUCAAAAAUUGCUUUUUUUUUUUUUUUUUUUAAUUUAUACGAUCAGUAUUGAUGUUAUACAGUAUACUUUUGCAUACAGUGUGUAUUGUAUUGUACAAUAUACUUUUACAAAAUGACAAACCUAAA